AACGUAUUACCACCACUAAGAAAGGAUCUAUUACAUCCGUACAAGCUAUUUAUGUGCCUGCUGACGAUUUGACUGAUCCUGCUCCUGCUACCACGUUUGCUCACUUGGAUGCUACAACUGUGUUGUCGCGUCAGAUUUCAGAGCUUGGUAUCUAUCCUGCUGUGGAUCCUCUAGAUUCUACAUCUCGUAUGCUCUCUCCUCAUAUUUUGGGAGAGGACCAUUACAAUACUGCUCGUGGAGUACAGAAGGUUCUUCAGAACUACAAGAAUUUGCAAGAUAUUAUUGCCAUUUUGGGAAUGGAUGAGCUUAGUGAAGACGAUAAGUUAACUGUUGCGCGUGCUCGUAAAAUCCAACGGUUCCUGAGCCAGCCUUUCCAUGUUGCAGAAGUAUUUACUGGAGCACCUGGAAAAUAUGUGGAGCUGAAAGAGAGUGUUAACAGUUUCCAGGGAGUUUUGGAUGGGAAAUACGACGACCUUUCGGAACAAUCGUUCUACAUGGUUGGAGGCAUUGAAGAGGUGAUUGCGAAGGCGGAGAAGAUUGCCAAGGAAUCUGCUGCCUAGUUAUUUCAUUUUUGUCUUUUUUAUCUUUUUAUAAUUGUGAAGAUCAAAUAAUGAAGGUAGGCGAGAUGUUGGCAAAGUUGUUUGUCAACAACAGGAUUUUUCAUUUAUAUAUUUGUACCCAAAAGAGAUGUUCCCUUAUUGCCAUUUUAGUGUGUUGAGGGAGAAAUGAAGGCACUUGAUUUUGUUCUUUGAACUAGGAAAAUGGACUCUGGAGUUUGUAUAUUUUGUUUUUCCUAAUCAAUUCCAAAACAUUGGAUGCAGUUCAGAAUUAAA